AUGGUCUUCCAUAGAAACGCGUACCGGGGGCCACUUCGGGAAGAUCCGCAAUACGGUGGAUUGCACCGAUCACAUGGUAGAUACCCAACUCCCCCAGAUACGAUAAGGAGCGAGAGUUCACCUCUCUUGCGUUAUUACGACUAUUCAUCUGUUCCUAGUCAAAACCAUCGUGCGGACAAAAGAGCUGCUGAAGUUGGUAAAGACAAACAACACCGCAGCUCCAGAAUCACGUACGACCCAGAUUUGCGAAAGGACCCAUCAAAAGGCUCAAAACCCAUAUAUAUCUUCACAGACCGCGACCGAGGACUAUGUGAGGACCCACGACCAAAAGCGCUUCAAAAGAUACCAAAGCUACUGCGGCGCCCCCACACCUCUUUACUCAUACCCAAAUAUAAGUACGAUAAAUACUCUGUGGGGCCCGAGCCAUCAUCACAACUUGUCAUCUGGAAUUUUCCGACCACAACUCCGCUCGUGAUCAUCAGAAAUAAUUUCGCUCAGUUUGGUAAAAUCUCGGACCUGAAAGGCAUUGACGACCCCUUAACGGCAGUCCCACUGGGUUUGUGUGUAUUGGAUUAUGAUGGAGAUCCUGAUUCAGCGCAUCAAGCGGCCACCAAAGCAGUCGCGGCAGUGCACAAAAAGUUGCAGAUCGGAGGCCAGUACCUUCGAUGUGGACUUAACAACAACGAUCAACUGUUUAAUACUAUCUACAAUCGAAUCCUGGAUACCAAGAAACAGCAGCUGAUUAAAGAAAAAGAAGAGCGAAGACGCCAGCAGGAGCUGCAGAUGAUGCAGAAACGCGACGAACAAAAGAGAGAGAGGGAAGAGCAGAGACGCGAGCGAGAGGAACGCAAGAAACUUAAUAGGACGGGCCGUGAUCAGCUGCCUGUGAAGCUCUCGGCUCAUGACCGUCAUGUGAGAACUUUGUCCUCGGUCACUCUUCCGUUCAACUUUGAUAAACACAUUGCGAAUAGGCCAUUUCUUCUCAUUCCAGAUAAAUUCGUUAACACUCGCAAUGUGAACUCGUCAGACAUACGAAAGCUUCUUUCUGGGCACAAUUUUGACCGAAUCUUAACUCACAAAUCUGGUUUCUACGUUGUGUUUAAUAAUAUUGCAGAUGCUGAAAAAUGCUUUGACGAAGAAGACGGAAGACAUUUCUCCAAAUACAAAUUGUACAUGGACUUCGUUGUUCCUGAUGAAUUGAUGAACCAGACAAAGAUUGGUGAAAGAAUUGGCCACGCUGGUCAAGCAAAAGCAGUGUUAAUCAGGGAGUUUCAUGACUAUUUGCUCAAAGAUUUGAGAGAGAAAGUAAUCGGCCCGAAAUUGCUUUCGUUGUUGGAUAGCAACAAGUACAAAUCUGUUCUAGAAAAGUAUCUGAAGGAAAAAGAGGAUACUAAAGAAACUAAGGCAGACUCCCUGAAUGGGCAUGUGGGUGUUUCUACAUUCACCGUUCAGCACCAAUCUAUCCCUAUAUCAUCGCUAUCUGCUUUCAGGCGGAAGCCUGUGGAGAAAAAGUACAAACGUAAGCUCAAUGCUGUUCCUAUGGCUCAUGCGCUGAACUACUCUGACAACGAAUCAGAGGAUGGCGACCAGAACAAAGCUUCCAAGAAACAAAAGAUGCUUGCCAUAGAAACCACUUCUUCUUCGGAUGAGGAAGAUAUUCAAGAUCUUUCAGAAUCGAAAGUCACCUCGCAGCCAACGUCACCUGAGUCACUGGAUCGUCAGAAUGAGGAAUCUGAGCCUGUUCAGAAGAAAGACCAUUUGGUCAGCGAGCUAUACAAGCCUUCUCAUGAUGUAGGAAGGACGGUUUAUGAUGACGAUUAUAGUCAGAUGGACUUUGAUCUGAACAGCCUGCAAGCGAUCAUUCAUGAUGAUGAAGAUUUUGCUUUCGCACGAAAAGCGUUCGAAGACUUACCAAAGAGCGAAGAAAUCAAAGAUGUCAAACUUUGGGCGUGGAAACACAAAGAAUACGUGAAGAAAAUCAAGCAUCUAAGCUCCAUGGCUGAGACAAGUGCAGAAGAUGCGGAAGCGAUUGAGUUUUCACAAGAAAUUUUGAGGAACGAUAAAUUGCACAAUUCAACUGGCAGCUUCCGCACUCAAGGCUACUAUAAAAUACCUGACAAAAUAAAGAGCGAGUACCUUUUGCAUCGCCGGAAAGCCCACAAGCCUUUGAAUACUGUUCAAAACGAAGAUGAGGGUGAAACGCAAGCAAUACAAAGUUCUAGGGUUAAUAGGGCUAAUAAUCGUCGGUUUGCGGCGGACAUCAGCGCCCAGAAACAGAUGUUGGGCUCUGAAACGGAUAUUUUGGACUUGAACCAGCUGACGAAACGGAAAAAACCUGUCCAGUUUGCCAGAUCGGCCAUCCAUAACUGGGGUCUGUAUGCUUUAGAGCCGAUUGCUGCCAAAGAGAUGAUUAUAGAGUAUGUCGGAGAGCGAAUUCGGCAACAAGUGGCUGAAGUCAGAGAAAAGAAGUACCUUCGAUCCGGCAUUGGCUCGUCCUAUCUGUUCCGUAUUGAUGAGAAUACCGUUAUUGAUGCAUCCAAAAAGGGAGGCAUAGCUCGUUUCAUUAAUCAUUGUUGCGUGCCUUCGUGCACGGCAAAGAUCAUCAAGGUGGAAGGAAAGAAGAGAAUUGUUAUUUACGCUCUGCGCGAUAUUGCGGCCAACGAGGAGCUAACUUACGACUAUAAAUUUGAAAGGGAGACCAAUGAUGAGGAAAGAAUUCCAUGCUUAUGUGGGGCCCCAGGAUGCAAAGGGUAUCUAAACUAA